GUCAUGUGUACUAGUCUUCCACACAAGCGCCCUUCCACACAAUCGCAAAAGCAAACUUUACCGCUAAUAAUUAGGGCUCAUUUUUAAAUUCCAUCUCAAACAACGAGCAAGAGAUUUUGAACUUUCCUGGACCAGCAAAGCUCAGCUGCAUAAGAAUGGCGGUCGACGCAGACAUGAGUGGAUGGAGUGAGCUUCUACACACUUCUUCGAAGCUUCUCGAACAAACCGCUCCUUCAGCCCUAUUCCCUCCUCUUCAGAGGAAUUUGGAUCAAGUUGAAGCGUUGUCAAAAAAAUUGAAGGCUAAAACUCUAAGAGGGGAAGCUCCUUCUCAAUCAAUUGCGGCUACAAGGUUACUGGCCCGUGAAGGAAUCAAUGCUGAACAGCUUGCUAAUGAUCUUAAGUCUUUUGAGUUGAAGACAACAUUUGAGGAUGUCUUUCCCGCUGAGGCAACUACUGUUGAAGAGUAUCUGCAACAGAUCCAUGAAAUGGCAAUGGUUUCAGCAGUUCAAGAAGCUCAGAAGGAUAACCUUAAAAAUUUCAAUGACUACAUGAUGACAGUCUUAGAGGAGGAUUGGCAGAAGGAAAAGAGAAACUUCCUUCAGAGCCUGAGCCGGAUUUCGACAUUGCCGAGAGCAAAUAUCAAUGAAUCAAGCCCUGGGAGUGCUCGUCACCGCCAGUUAGUGUCGUUAACUUACAGUCCUCAGGUGUCCUCUGGUCCCACUAGCAUGGAGCUAGCACCUUUGACUGAUAAGUCUAUCCUCGAGAAAAAAGCUAAUGUGUAUAAAGAUGUUGUUAAGAGCCUCAACACCGCUAGAGAGCGUGGGCUACCCUUUAAACCUGCCACGGCUUUUAAGCAUGCAUAUGAAAGCUUGGGGCUUGAUACGUCUGGUGGGAAGUCAGUUAGCAUGCAGAAAAUUUGGCAUCUUGUUCUGGCUCUGAUGGGUGAAGAUGCUACUAGACUUAAUGUUUCAAAAAAAGUUUCCUUGGUGAUGGGAGCAAGGCACCACCUUGAGUUUGGACACGAGAAAUAUAUAUUAGAUACAAUUCAAAGCCACCCGGCACAGGCUGCUCUUGGUGGUGCUGUUGGUAAUUUGCAGCGAGUUCAUGCCUUUCUCAGGAUUCGUUUAAGAGAUUAUGGAGUUCUCGACUUUGAUGCCACAGAUUCUUUUAGGCAGCCUCCUGUUGAUACCACAUGGCAGCAGAUAUAUUUCUGCUUGAGGACUGGAUAUUAUGAUGAAGCAAGAGAGGUUGCUCAACAAUCCCGUGCAUCUCAGCAGUUUGCUGUUAUGCUGAGAGAGUGGAUAUCCACAGGAGGUCAGGUAUCAGCGGAGACUUCAGCUGCUGCUUCAGAAGAAUGUGAAAAAAUUAUAAGGUUGGGUGAUCGGAUCGGUCGGACUUCAUAUGAUAAGAAGAAAUUGCUGCUUUAUGCAAUUGUGUCUGGCUCACGUAGACAGAUUGACAGACUGCUUAGAGAAACACCUACACUUUUCAAUACUAUUGAAGAUUUCUUGUGGUUCACUCUAUCCGUUGUUCGCGAGGGUCCAGGAAGAUCUGAUGUCCUGAAUGAGGGGUUGUUACCUUAUAGUUUGGAUGAUUUGCAGUCUUAUUUAAAUAAAUUUGAGCCAUCUCAUUAUACUAAGAAUGGAAAGGAUCCUCUGGUCUACCCAUAUGUUUUGCUUUUAAGCAUCCAAUUGCUUCCAGCAGUUUUGCAUUUAUCUAAAGACAUGGGAGAUGAAGGGUAUAAUGUGGAUGCUGUCCAUAUAUCUGUUGUGUUGGCAGAUUAUGGGGUCCUUUCUGAAGCAGUGCAAAAAGUUGGGGUUAUGGAUGCUUAUGCUGAAGCCUCUAGCAUUAUUAGGCAGUAUGGGUCUUUAUAUCUUCGCCAUGGUGACCUGUCAACGGCAUUGGAGUAUUACGUACAGGCUUCUGCAGCAGUAGGUGGUGGACAACUGUCAUGGUCCGGAAGGGCAAAUGUGGACCAGCAGAGGCAGAGGAAUGUGAUGCUGAAGCAACUUCUCAUAGAGAUCUUGCUUCGGGAUGGUGGUGUCUACCUUUUACUUGGAUCGAGGGGUGAUGGCGAUGAAGGUCAGCUCGGAAUAUUUUUGACAGAUAGAAAGACCAGACAGUCCUUUCUGCAUGAGGCUGCUCGCCAGUGUCAAGAUGCUGGACUUUAUGACAAAUGUAUAGAGAUUCAGAAGAGAGUGGGUGAAUUCUCAGCAGCGUUAGAUACAGUGAAUAAGUGUUUAUCCGAUGCAAUAUGUGCCCUCUCACGUGGAAGGCUGGACGGGGAGAGUCAGACUUCCGCACUCAUUCAUUCUGGGAAUGAGAUUUUGGAGACUUUUAAAUAUUAUCCAGAUAUAAGUCCUCAAGAGAGAGAAAAGGCUUUGGAACAGCAAACAGUAUUGAGACAGCUUGAGGCAGUCCUGUCCAUUCAUAAGUUAGCGAGACUUGGAAGUCAUUUGGAUGCAUUGAAGGAGGUUGCAAAACUACCGUUUCUUCCAUUGGAUCCCAGGACACCAGGAAUUGCCACUGAGGUCUUCCAAAAUCUGUCUCCACAUGUCCAAGCUUGUGUUCCAGACAUUCUUAAGGUUGCUCUUCACUGCCUGGAGAAUGUUCGAGAUACAGAUGGAUCUUUGCGUGCUUUAAGGGAAAAGAUUGCCAACUUUCUUGCCAACAAUCUGGGCAGGAACUGGCCUCGUGAUCUUUAUGAAAAGGUUGCCCAACAUUUAUGAAAAGGUUGCCCAACAUUUAUGAAAUGCAUGCCCAAAAGGUUGCCCAAAUCUGGGUAGGAACUGGCCUUGCACCUCAUUUGGCUUUGCUUAAAAAGAAUGUAGUUCAAUAACAUAAUUUUCACUGUAUUUGCCCAUCAAAUCUGACAAUAUAGUGUUAUUUUUUGCUAGACCCCCAUGUUCAUUACUGACCGUACACCGUCAUUGAUUGCUAUAGACCCCAUAUGUUUGAGGCUUUGAGCCUUUGAGUUAACAUGAUGUUCUAUGAAUCCGUAAAGGUUUGAGAGCUUUUGAGGAAGAGAAGUAUCACUCAUCUCUCACUGUUAUGUUAUGACUACUUACUCCGGGAAAUUUUAUGGUGUGAAGUUUACAUUUCAAUACACUGAAGUUAACAAUGCUGUUGUGUUUCACACUGAAUAGUGAAUACUCAGUAACUCCGUACAUAUCAAUAAAGAGUUGAAGAGCCCG